CUGUACUAUGCCCUGUUCAAGGUCAAGGUUAAGUACUGUUACGCAUUGGAAAUAUCACGUUAACAGACUUAGCUUUGAUUAGUAAGCUGUCUCAGCCUAAAGCUUGAUAUUAUUAGUUGUUAUAGACUGCGUCUCCUUAUUUAACUUAACCAUAUCCACCAAGCCAUAAAGUUACGUUGUUUUCAAAAGGGCAGUAACUAAGUACUUGUGAUUAUCUUUGCUCUUGUGUACUUGUUGCAUCAAAAAGCUUUCUUGGUCUACUUUAACUCGAAGUAUUUCAGUCAAGGCUUGGAAUUCUCUAAUCUUUUUCGGACUGAUAAUUUGAGAGGACAUUCUAAGAAAGGUCAAAAACCGUGAUCAAAUUGUCUACGUCUGGAGUUUCGUUUCUUGCACCGAGUAGUAAAUUACUGGAAUUGUCUACCAGAACACGUAAUAUCAGCACCUUCUGUUGAUAUAUUCUAAACGAGAUUGGACCUUGACAUUACUACAAACUGCAAGGAUUAAUAUAGGUCGAUAGACCUAUCCUUAUUACUGAAGACUGUUGCCUUCAUUUCCAGCUGUCACAUUGCGCGCCUCAUCGCUACUAAAGCUACCUUCAAACAAGACUCAACCCACCAAAGGCAUGACGUACUUAUGUUCGUCGUGUAAGGCUGAUGUGUCUGUCUCAGAAAGAAUCAAUCAUGUCAGGAGCGACUGGCAUAUAUACAACCUAAAGCGUGUCGUUUCUGGUCUACUGCCAAUAUCUGAAGAUAUGUUUGUACAUAAAAAACAAUUGAUUGCUGCAGAAGCACCUGUGGCUAUAGAGAAAACGUAUUGUGACGCCUGCAAGAAAUCCUUCGCAAAUAACAAAUCUUUUACUGCCCAUUUGGUUUCGAAGCGCCAUAUACACAACAGCCACUUGUUCAAAACGAAAACUACGCAGACAGCCAUCAGUUCUACUAAACCUUCAGCAGAAGACUGUUUGACAGAACCAUUACCACUGGGGUCAUGUUUGUUCUGUGACCGCUAUAUAUCACUGAAUUAUUUGCCAAAUGAGUCGCUUGAUAGUGCCAAACAAAGUGAUUUAGCUAAACGUGUCCUAAAUCACAUGUUCGAUGUGCACAAAUUUAGUGUUCCAUUUCCAGAAAGAUUAACCGAUCCUGCCGGGUUGUUAAUUGAAUUAGGACGUAUUGUGGGGGAAGAACGCUGUUGCUUGGCUUGUGGUCGUCAGUUUUACGGUAGUUGUGUGGAAGGAUCAGACAAUGCUCGGAUCUCCCUGUCUGCCGUCCGCAGUCAUAUGUUGGACAAACCUGGCCACAAACAAGUAUGGUAUGGAGUAGAAGACCCAGUCCAAGUGGCAUUAUUGGUAGCUAAGGCAGAAGAAGAAUCAAAUGACGAUUGCAAGAUAAAUUACCCUAAAGCUGCUCUUGCAGGUGGUGAGCUGUUUAGUCAGUUUUACGAUCAGUCAGUCCUUGCACCAUCUUUCAUACUUUCAGAUGAUGAAGACGUUUAUGAAGUACGGUUACCAUCUGGUACUGUUCUAGGUCAUCGAAAGAUGAGAACAAUUUAUAAACAACACUUGGCUGCUACAGAUGGAGCUAAAUUAUUGAACCGUGAUAAUGGACAGAAGAGCGUUUCAAUACGACGUCCAGACUUCAAAGCCUUAAUACAGAAUAGAUCUAAUGCCGAUUCUGAGAGACGUUUAAACGAACAAAGAAAGUACUGGGAUUUAGUAACUGGUGUUCAAGGUAAUUUCCACAAUCGCCUUCAUCUUCGUCGACAGUACUAAAUAUUUGAGAACUUAACAAAAUGUUAAAAAAUCUAUUUGUAUAAUCUAAUAUGGUUUUCGUUCUUUUUCUGUUAAUUUAUGGCCUUGUAUAUAGUCACUUAAUGUAGGUUCAGUAAUAAACUAGUUAUAUUUCUAAUAUGUUUAGG